AUGGCCUUGGCGGAGUCCCCAUUCGCCGAGGCCGCCGCCGAGAUGCCGAGCGACGCCGGAGUAAGCGGAGUGGCCGCCAACCUGACGGACGCAACUCAACGGCAGCGAACCGCGCCGCGAGGACGACUGGCCGCUCGGCGACUACACGAACUCCACGUUUCUCGCUCGACAUGGCGCGUGCCUGACGAAAUCUUGUGCCAGACAGAUGUUCCUUCUCUGCUCUCAGGCUCCCUGUUGUCCUGCGACGUGUGGACAUCCCCGCAGCACCUGCUCUUCCAGCUGGCCAACGGCUGCUUCUUCGUCAGCUACCUGGCUCCGUCGCAGCGCAAGGGGCUGCUCUUCAUGCACGGGAUUCUCAUCCUCGGAUUCUUGUUGUACUCCACGUGGGCCUGGAACAUCAUUUGUGCUCCAGACGUGUUCUCUUGGAAUUUCACGUUCAUGCUGCUCAACAUGGGUCAAACUCUCUACAUAAUCUACCAGAUGAGACCGGUCAAGGUCAACAGAGAGCUUGAGGCGAUGUAUGAAGCCCUCUUCCAACCACUCAACGUGCCUCGGCUUUUGUUCAAGCGGCUAGUGUCGGUGGAGUACGCGCAGGUGCUGUCGCUCCACGCGGGGGAGGCGUACGCCAUGCAGAACCUCACUCGCACGGAUCGCCUGGGCCUUCUGCUGUCCGGCAAGGUGAAUGUCAUGGCGGACAACCAGUUCCUGCACGCCAUCACCAACAUGCAGUUCCUGGACUCGCCCGAGUUCGAGUCCCGAGCCUCGCUGGACGACAAGUUUAAGGUGUCCAUCAUAGCCGCCACCACGUGCAGGUACGUGUUCUGGCAGCGCACGAGCCUGGAGUACUUGUUCGUGAAGGAGCCGUACUUGGCGACCGUUCUGUCCACCAUCAUCGCCAGGGACAUCACCUCCAAACUCUAUAACAUGAAUCAAAAGAUCGUGACCGAGAAAGGAUCCCACCUGGACAUCCGGCUGCCUCUGCUGACGUCAUCGCUGUCGUCAUCGUGUGGGGGAGACAGCUCGCUCCGCUCCCCCGCGCGCUGCUCUAUCAGCCCACAUACACAUACAUGCAUGUAG